AUGUUGCUUUUGAAAAGUGUUUUCUUUCAGCCACAACAUAAUAUGGUUCCACAUUGUAUUGUAGUUUUGCCGAACAGUAAUGGCAUGCAGUUGCUGCUCUGCUAUGACAAUGAAGGCGUGUAUGUAAAUACUUAUGGGAAAAUGUCAAAGAAUGUAGUGCUACAGUGGGGCGAAAUGCCUAGUAGCGUUGCUUAUAUAUCGACUGGACAACUUAUGGGAUGGGGAAACAAGGCUAUCGAAAUCCGUUCUGUUGACACGGGUCACUUGGACGGUGUCUUCAUGCAUAAGAAAGCCCAGAAACUGAAGUUCCUUUGUGAGCGCAAUGACAAGGUGCGGUGGGUUUGUACAGAAGAAAUCUGA